AUGACGCAUCAAAAUCACCAAACAAACGGUGCAAGUCUCGAGGAUUGCCACACAAACUUCUUCGCCUUGACGGAGCUGUAUGGCAUAAAAUGGCGUAAACUCGUAUGGGGAGAGACGAGUGGCGGCGGCGAGGGCGAGGAGGGCUCUGCGCCGCUCGCGGACCCGGUGAUCAGCAGCUACGCGCGCUGUCUCGCCGGCGACAUCCUGUGCGUGUGGCGGCGCGUGCCGCACGACAUCGACACAGGCAUGCCCGCGCCGCCGCCGCUCUCCCUCAGGGCUUCCAAGGAGCUCUGGAUAUUCUGGUACGGCGAGGAGCCCGAUCUCAAUGGGGUAGUCGCACCGGAACUUAUCGCUAGCCAAGGAGAUCAAGGUUCUUGGGAGAGCGGGCUUUCCUAUGAGUGUCGCUCGCUGCUGUUCAAGGCGUUGCAUAAUUUAAUCGAAAGAUGCCUGUUAUCUCGAGAUUUCGUAAGACUCGGCAAGUGGUUUGUUCAACCCUACGAUGGCGACGAAGAGGAUGUUGGCAAAAGUCCGUGGCACCUGUCGUUCUCGUUCGCGUUCUUCCUGCACGGCGAGAGCACGGUGUGCGCGUCGGUGGACGUGCGCCAGCACCCGCCCGUGCGCACGCUCACCGCCAAGCGCCUGGCCCGCCUGCGCGCGCCGCCCGACCGCCGCGGCGACAACAAGGUGAUCCUGGCGCCGUUCGGGCUGGAGGGGCGCGUGACGGGGCGCGAGUGGCGCGACGGCGACGCCGCCACCGCGCGCCUGCUCGACGCCUGGCGCCUGCUCUACCCGCUCGAGCAGGGCUGCGGCGCCGUCGAGGUGGAGUGCGGCGGCGUGCGCAUGCGCUACCCGGUGCCGUACGUGCUGGUGACGGAGAUGGAGGCGCCGCGCGCCGCGCCGCCGCCCGCCGCGCGCCUCGCCGCGCGCGCGCUGUCCGCGCUCGCCACGCCCGCGCCGCACCAGACGGCUGAGGUGUGCUACGCGGAGUGCUCGGGCGACGUGCACGACGACUUCGCGGACCCCACGCGGAAGACGCCCUGCGUCUGCGCCAACGCAUAUCGAACGCUAAAUGAGCAGCGAACGAAAGUUGGCAAAUGGCGCGGUGUAGCUAGGCGCGUAGAGGUAGGCGCGAGUGUGACAGAGCGCGCGCGGCGCGAGCAGUCGGCGCGGGCGCACCCUAGCCUUGUGUUGUGCAGGUGGCGGCGCCGCCGCGCGCCGCGCCCGCGCCCGCCGCCCUUCCACCGCCGCGCGCCCGCCGCGCGCCGCCGCGACCACCACCACCGCCACGCGGCGAGCGGUUGCGGCGCGGGGUGCGCGGGCGGCGGCGGCGCGUGCUCGCCCGGCAGCUGCGGCGCCGCGUCGCCGGCGGGCGCGCCCUCGCCGCACCACGCGCACACUGCGCUCUCGACGCUCACCAAUUUGGCAGCUCAUCAGGUGAGCGGCGUGCCCACGACGCUGCACACGCCGGCGCCCACGCCCGACCCGCUGGCGCCGCCCACGCCCGCGCCGCCCUCCGCGCCGCCGCACAAGCCCUAUGCGCAGGGCGAGUCCCCGGGCGGCGGCGCGGCGCCGGGCGCGGGCUCGCCGGGCGCCGAGCUGCUGCGGCGCCCCGCGCUGCCCGCCGCCGAGAAGCGCCUCGACCCGCUCGAGGACGAGCACGAGCUGCACAUGCUCUACGACUACACCACCGUAUACGCUUGGCUCGAGCACCCCGUGAAGCGGUUCAAGAGCUCGGAGGGCGCGUUCCGCGAGGAGCUGGCGCUGGGCAGCGCGGCCGCGCCCGACCUGUACGCCGGCCACGACCACACGCGCCUGCCCGCCACGCCCACGCGCGACCUGCACCCCUACAUCAAGCACGAGAAGCAGGAUCAGGAGGAUGUGAAAGAGUACAAGAACCUGUUCACGUCAGAUGGUUUGUGUCCGACGUUGAAAGAUUUGGAUCAGAUAUUCGAUAACUCGGACGACGCCGCCAGCGGCGAUGAGACGGUAAGACUUUUACAAGUACAAACGCCGCCUGACUCGAACAAGUCGACGGAGGAGACGCGGUGCGUGGGCGGGCGCUGCGUGCGCGCGGAGGAGCUCAGCAAGAUGUUCCCGACGCCGCCCAGCAUGGAGGCGCACGCGCAGCCCUCGCCCGGCUUCUCGCCGCCCGACGACGCGCACCACCACGCGCACCUGCACGCGCACGCGCACCGCGCGCACGGCUCGCCGCCGCCCGACCCCAUCGAGGACUGGUCGUAUGUGUUCAAACCGCCCACGAUAUGCAAGUACGUGGGCUCGUCGAAGUACGCGCCGCUGAGCGCGCUGCCCAGCCAGCUGCUGCCGCCCGUGUCGCUGCCCGCGCACGCCGUGUACCGCCCGCGCUGGCAGCAGGCGCGCGGCAAGCCCGACGCCGAGGAGCUCGCGCAGCCGCACCGGACCGACAGCGCCAACACCAACGAACGAACGGAAAGAGCCACCGCGACGAGCACGACUAGCACGACGGGCGUGAAGCGUUCGAUAUCGAGCACGGAGCGCGCGGCGGAAUCGCGGUCGCCGCGGCGGGCGGGCGGCGCGCCCCCGGGGGCGGCGGGCGCGUGCACGGCGCCGCCCUCGCCACGCGCGCCCGCCCCCGCCUGCCCGCUGCUGCUCAACGUGCUGCUGGCCGACACCGUGCUCAACGUGUUCAGGGAUCACAACUUUGAUAGCUGCACGCUGUGUGUGUGCAACGCGGGAGCGAGGAUGGUGGGUAACAUCCGCGGCGCGGACGCGGCCACGUACCUGCCGGGCGGCGACUGGGGCGGCUCGGCCGACGACGAGCCCUCGCACUGCUCCUGCGGCUUCAGCGCCAUCGUCAACCGACGCCUGGCGCAUCGCGCUGGCUUGUUCUACGAGGAUGAAAUGGAAAUAACGGGUAUAGCGGAGGAGCCCGGGGGGCGGGGCGCGGGCGGCGCGGGGGGCGCGGGCAGCGCGCUGGGCGACGUGGCGGGCGUGGUGGUGGCGCAGUGCGCGGCGCCCGCCGGCGGCGCCGCCUCCGCGCUGGCCCGCGCUGCGCGCCGGGCGGCCGGCAGCGACGUGCCCGACCAUCUGAGGCUUAAUUUGUUAGAGUACUCAGACGGCAGCGCGGCGGCUGCGCGGGCGCUGAGCGCGGCGGCGGGCGGCGCGGCGGCGCUGCCGGUGCCCGCCAGCACCACCGGCAGCGGCGCCGUGCACCGCUGGCCCUUCAUAGGCGCGCGCGCGCCGCGCUCCUCGCGGGACGUUGUUAGAUUAAUGCGACGCCUGCGGCCCCUACUCCAAGACGCGAUACAGAAGCGUUGCUGCGGGGCUCGCAUGUGGGACGGCGUGACGGGCCCGCUCACGUGGCGCCAGUUCCACCGCCUCGCCGGCCGCGGCAACGAGGACCUCUGCGAGCCGCAGCCGGUGCCGCCCCUGCUGGUCGGACACGACCGCGACUGGAUAUCCCUAUCACCCUAUGCCCUAAGGCACUGGGAGCGGCUCUCCCUGGAGCCCUACUCCUACGCGCGCGAUGUAGCGUACGUAGUGCUAGCGGCGGAUGGGGACUCCCUCUCUGAUCCCUUGAAGACCUUCUUUAGAGAACUGUCUGCGGCGUACGAAGCGUGCAGACUAGGACGGCACCAACCUAUAUCAAGGAUAGCGCGGGAUGGUAUUGUUCGGACGGCGCCUAGUGAUAGCGAUCGAGAUGCGAAUUAUGAAGAAUGGUUGGGUGAAGUACCUCCCGGCAGAUUAGGCGAAUAUGUUAAGGCAUACGCGGAAACGUUGCGGUCCAACCUGGUGCCUCAACUAUCUGCGCUGAACGUCGACCGGACACUAUUUGAAUGUAAGUUUCAAUUAAGGCAC